AUGGCGUCUUUGAUGGAGUCGUACGAGCAGCAGUACUCCAAUAUUACUUCUGAAAUAACAUCAAGAAUCGGUCAAAUUCCCAAUCUAAGUGGAAGUGACAAACAAGCAGCUAACGCCAAUGUUGAAAAGCUUCUUGAUGAAACAAAAGAAUUGCUUGAGCAGAUGGACUUGGAGAUUAGGGAGCUGCAGCCCAAAGAUCGACAAAAGUAUAGCACCAGAUUGAAGAGUUACAAGACAGAGUUAUCAAAACUUGAAAAGGACCUUAGGAAAGCAAGGAUUACAUUCAGCGAUGAUGUGAGGAGUAGGGACGAGCUGCUUGGCCAUGAUGACUCCAGUUACUCGGAAGACCAGCGUCAGAGGCUUCUUGAUAACUCUGAACGGGUUGAACGCUCGUCAAAGCGGUUAGACGAGGGUUAUAGAAUUGGACUGGAGACGGAACAAAUUGGUGCCCAAAUUUUGGAAGACUUGUCAUCCCAAAGAGAAGCGAUCCAGCGUUCUCGAGAUAGAUUACGAGAAACAGAUGCCCACCUUGGAAAGAGCUCUAGAGUUUUAACUGGUAUGAUGAAAAGAAUUAUCCAGAAUCGAAUCGUCUUGCUAGGAAUUGGAGCAAUAGUCAUAAUCAUUGUUGGCGUUGCAAUAUAUUUUAUGGUCAAGCCAAAAAGUUGAUCCAGAUAUAUCAUGCUGUACUCAAACGGAGUCCUUGUAAUCUCAGCUGACGUUGGACUUGUGGAUAGACAAAUUUCGGAUUACUGUCAACUCAACGAAGUCCCAUCUAUUACCUGGGCGGAAUAACUGUUAAUAAAUGUGUUUAUGAAAUGGGCGCUGAACCAUGGAUGACCAGGUGGCAAGAUGUUACAUUCACCUUGUGUAAUACCGUGCCGAUGGAUGGGGCAGAGCUGAUUUUAUUUCACAGUCUUUAUUUGUUUUGGACAUGUCAAUUACGAAUGGGGUUGGGUAUGAUUGAAAUGUCAGUCCUGUCACUUGAAAUUUGGGCAGCUUCCUUGGCUUAACACAACUGAUGAAGAAGAUAGGGCCAUUGUCUCCAGGGCAUCAUUGGCUUUGAUGCUUGUCCUAGUUGGUGAACUUCGUCUGAGGUGUGAAGCUGUAUGUUGUGUUGGUUUACCUUUCAUUGGCUACAAGUGCAUCCAAAGGUGUGCCUAUUUUUUCUUUUGCGGAAUGAUAUGCUUUUGAAUGAGGUGUUGAACUGCUCAUGAGGGGCUUUGAUGCUGGUUGUUACAUCGGGAUUGCUAUGGCUUGGGUUUUAACUUGAGAGCAUAACUUCUAUUGGAUAUAUAAUAUAUUCCAUUUUUCAUAAAUACUUCUGUAUAGAGAAUUGACAACUUCUCAGUCCACCCGAGUCACUUAUGUUUCCUGGAGAGAUGAGAGGAUAACCAACCCUAAGACUGUUCAUUGUUAGGAAAUUCCAAACAUAAGACCAACCGCUGCCAUUUGUGUUCAUUAUAUCUGUGUAUUAUGUAAGCUAUAUCUCUCUUGAUUGUUAAGUGAUGAUGUCUUGUGUACAUUGUAUGUAUUGUAAGUCAUUGUUUCUGAAAGGGAACUGGGAAAUGGUUCCUUUAUUCUCACUGCUACAUACCGUACUUCCUGCUUAUCGGGAUUGGUUGAUAUUGAAUAGAGAUGAUCCUAGUAUUGCAUCCUAACUAAAAAUGGAUUACAGUGAAAAUUUCACAACAUCCCAGUGAUUUGUUGAGCUUGUCACAAACCUGAGUAUAAGAUUGUACAUUGUGCAUGUAUCACGUAUACCAGGAAAUGAAGUAAAUCAAGUUGAUAGACUUGUGACGGAAAAGGUCUUUUCAAAUUUUCAAUCUUUUCGAAUUUUCAAUCUUUCAGGAUUCCCACUUUCUCAGUUCAGGGAUAUAGAGUGUACAACUAUAAUACUCUUGAUGCAGUGCAUGUGAUAGAUAUUGUAAAUUAUGUAUUUAGAAAGUAAGUUAUGUAUUGUACAUAUCAUGUAUAUUGGGUCACCAAAUAAUGUAUAUAUUGCAUCAUCUAGACUUGUCGGACAGGUCUACAUAGGGUUCAUAUUGUCUCUUGUCAUGUGUCAUGAACAAGAGCUACAUAAAAUUCAUGACAUGUAGCUUGCUUUUCACCCUCGUCAUUUCAUGUCAUAUUUCAAGCCUAAGUCAAUUAACAGACACGCUUGUGACUAGUUACCAAUGAAGUCAUUUGAACUGUGACAUGACAACCAGAAUCAUGUGUGGACCCUGCCUUUGAGUUCUGAGAGCUAAGACCAAUUUGACUUUGAAAUUCA